ACAGAGAGAGCGAGAGGGAGAGAGAGAGAGAGAGAGAGAGCUGGAGAUUUUAUUUUAUUUAACUCAGACACACACGUACACUGAGUGUUGGUGCACAGAUCACGGCUGCUCACUCUUCAAGCUCGAGCAGCCUUGAGAACGAAAUAUUUUUUUUAAUUCGUUUUUUUUUUCCCCUGAAUUGACCGGACAUGGCUUUAAGCGGGACCAUUUUGCCAUCCAUUUCAACUUUUUCCGCACAGAAGGAAAAAUGCUGGGAAAACAGAUGGAAGGAUGACUUGGACAGGUCCAUGCUGUCCAGCUGCUUGGCUGAUCUGUCUCAGAGCAUGGAUGCCAUUGUUAGAGGCGAUGAUGAAGAGCUUGACAAGUACCUGGACUUGGAGUUUAUUUUGGCCAACACGGCAGGGUCAGAGAGCCUCUCGGCGCAAGGCAUGAGUGUGGCAAACGACUACAGGAUGCAGGAGUGCAGAAACGUGUACACAUCAGCUCCUUCUACAGUGUACCCAGUGCCCGAGAUGAACACCUCUCCACCACCUUACGGCAUCAGUCUGAUGGCCGAGCUCCUGCGUCCGGAGGUGGAUACGUACUGCCCACCUCCUCCUCCUCCUCCUAACAGCAACACCGUUGUCCAGGGAAGAUUCCUGGUCCGGUCGGCAUUCUCCAAUAAUCAGGACAUCACAGAGCACAUCAAAGUGGAGCCACGUAUGGAUGGUUACGGACCUGUAGUGGGCAUGGUGCCUAAAAUUAAACGAGAGAGCGACAGUUCUUGCAUGAGGGCUUAUGAACAGCCUCUGCUUGCUCAUUCGCCUCAGGGUUCCGGGAGCAUGACGCCGCCUCUGAGCCCAGCCGAGAUCAACGCGCUUAACACAGAUGCUCAGAGCCAGCUGUGCCACUCAGUGGCGUAUUCACAGAGCUAUGCAUGCCACGCCCCCACACACAUACAGCUCCCGUAUCAAAGCGCACCACCUCGCUUCGACACCAUGACAGUGCCAAAUGGAGGACAGAGGGUUCUCCUUACACCACCUUCCUCCCCAUUAGAGCUGGAUGCCAAACCAAAGAGGGGGAGACGCACGUGGCCGAGGAAGAGGACGGCAACUCAUACCUGCACUUAUGCUGGAUGUGGCAAAACUUACACCAAGAGCUCACACCUGAAGGCGCACCAAAGGACACACACAGGCGAGAAGCCGUAUCACUGCAGUUGGGAAGGUUGCGGUUGGAAGUUUGCCCGCUCUGAUGAAUUGACUCGUCAUUUCCGGAAACACACUGGCCACCGACCCUUCCAGUGUCACCUCUGCGAGCGUGCCUUCUCCAGAUCCGACCAUCUCGCUCUGCACAUGAAGCGCCACAUGUAGAAACCGGACUGAACAUGGACUAAUGCAAGUCUCAAUCCAAUCCAAUCUCACUCCAAGUUUCUUGAGAACCUCUAUAGACUGGACAUUGUACUGAAUGCUAUGCAACCAUUUUUUUCCUCAUGAUGUAGCUGGUACUACUUUUUUUUAAUAAGAGAUUUGUCAAAGAAUUAAAAAUACACGCAGAACCACUUGUAAGAACAAGUAGGCUGGACCUGCACAACUCUGACGCAACUGGAAUCAGUAGAAACAUGAUGCCAACAUGAUGUGCCUCUCACGUCACGAUCGUGCCUUUAUUAUUAUUAUUAUUAUUUUUGAAUAAAUUACAUCUAGACUAGACAUCUCAAGUGCCAUAAAAUUUCCUUAUAUGUAAAAAAAAAAAGCUUUCAGACAAUGUUUUUAUUUUUUAAAACUGCCACUCAAGCCAUGUGAAAACUGAAUGUUUUGGACAGUAUAUUUGUAUAUUAACCUUUAAAUCAGGGUCUUUUUUAUUUUUAUGGUUUAUGAGUAUUUUAAAAUUGUAUCACAAACUGUCCCCAUGUUCAACAUGAUAUGACAAGGGCUACAAAUUUGAACUGUUUUGGGACAAAGUCUUUUGACUUGUACAUAAUUUAUGUGAUUGUAAAUAGUGUAUUUACUGUACAUAUUAAACUUGACUGUGAUUCUA